GCCAAGACCUAAAGUGAAAACACCUGUUGUGACUAUAGGAGCACCCAGACUAAGAGACAAAACAUCUCAACUUCAAAAUACAAUUGAAAUACAAAAUUCCAAACCUGCAGGAAAUCAGGUUAUGAUUGACAAAUCCUUGGGACAGAAAAUGGUGGAUGAUAUUGUUAUUCCUGAUUCUAUUCCUGAUCUACAAUUUGUACAGAAGGAAACAAAAUCUGGAAGGAAAUCUACAAUGGAUGACAGUGGGAUUGGUCUCAAUGAAAGUGAUUUGUCUAAUGAAAAAGCUAAACACCAAGCUAAAAAGAAGGAGAAGGCAGGACAAGAUGAUAAACAUUUGUCUGAAAAUGAAACAUUUGUAUCAGAUAUAUCUGAUACAGAUGAAGUCAAACACAAUACUUCACGAACAGCUACAAAGAAAAGGAAGAAAAAUAGAAAGAAGCCAUCCACGCAAUUGUUCUUUUACUGAAAAAGACAAGGAAAAGAAAAUCAUUGGAAGUGCGGACUUGUUAAGAUGUAAAGAUACUUCUAAACCUGUUUCUGAUAAGGCUUCAGAGUCAUUAACAGUUGAACCAAGUACAAGUCAACAGGAAAACACCAGAUGUAACUUGCCGAGACAAGCAAAAUGUGGGAAUAGAAUAGAUAAAACCUCACAUUUAGAAAAUGUCCCAAAGGAAAAUGAUCAGUUUGUAAUAAAUGAAUCUCAGGAGUUUUUAACAGGUAGUUCUAAGGGCAGUACAGAGUCUUGGAAAUCAAGAAGAAAGAUUGAAAAAACUACUUUAGAUAGUAGCACUGGGAAAUCCAGCUCUGAAUCAAACACUAAAAUGUCAGAUUUAGAAAAAAAAUUGGUAAACAAUUGUACUGUGAAAUCCAGUUGUGUAUCAAAAUCUGGAAUGUCAGAUUUAGAAAUUGAAGAUAUAAAUUCUGUCACAGAAAGUAAGAAAAGACGACAGAAGAAAAAGGUCGGUUUAAAAACCAAAACACCAGCCAGUAAGACCACAUAUACAAUAAGACCAGAGAUAGAAGCAUCAGAUUCCUGUAAGACAAAGAGUAAAGAUGUAUUUGAUGAGCCAGACAUGCCUUCUAAGAACUAUGAAGAAAAUGAUAUUUCAGAAAAAAACAAUGCUACAAAUUCAACGGCAUUAAAAUCUGCCAAUACUCCACAAAGCUCUGACACAUACAAAGAAAGGAAAACAAGAACACAAUGUCAUAUUAAAGAGUCAAAUACAGUAAAUAACUUGGAAUCAUGUUCAGACAUAAGUGACAUUUAUAACACAGAAAUUUCAGAAAACAAUUGUAAAGAUAUGUUAAAAAAUCAAAACAUCAGUUCACAUACUACAUACAGUUUAGGUAAUACACCCCCACAGAAAACCACAAGCAAGCAUGGAAGCUUAACUUCAGAUAGUACUCAAAAAAGAUCAUCAUCAUCAGUGUUAACCACAUAUACUGACAUACCAAGAUAUGAAAAGAAGUCUGAAAAGACAUUAUCUAACUCCUCAGUUGAUGGUGUCAACACAAAACAAAAAUCUGCGCAUGUAUCAUCAAACAUGCACAGCAGAGUACAUAAAGAAAAACAACACCCAGAUAAAUUAAUUUCAGAUCAGCAUUGUUGUCCUAGGGCUAACAAAAAAGUAACAUGUCAUCAAAAGAAAUCAAAGAAUGGAAAAAAGCCUUCUUCUCAACAAUUUAAGUCUCCAACUGUUGCAGAUGUAUUUACGAAACCAGUUAAUAAAAAGGGGGGAAAACCAAAACACAAACUGUACACCACUCAAAUUACUCAACGUGGAGAAUUUAAACUGACCACAGCACUUCCAAAAAGACCCUUGUCUCCACCUGCAAGUGUUGAAUCAAGUGAUUACCACAAAAAUGAUGAGAUCAACAUGGCUAAUACCAGUACAAAGCAUCCUGAAAAGCACAAGACCAAAAAACUCUCCCAAACCAGUUCAGGUGAAAACAAAUCGGUUAAAUCUGUCAGUUCUCAAGAUUCCACAACAAAUGUCAACAGAGGAACAACCAAUAUGCUUACUGAGGAAACCAAAAUGCCAUCAUCAGAACCUCGAAGAGUACUGAGGAAGAAGAAGCCAUCAAAUAAAAGCUUAUAUGUCUUUGAUAGUCCAAGUAGUAAUUUAUCUAUUGAGGAAAUAGCUAAUAAAGAAAAUUUGAAACCUACAAAGAAAGUCCAUGUAGACUGUACACCAUUUAAACCAGUUGAAACUAAAGAGAUUGCCAAAAAACAAGUUUCCAGGUUAUUGGUUCCUUCAUCUUUUAAUGAUCAUUCAGAAAAUAGUUCAGAUCCAUAUGACUUUGAUGCUGAAAUAGAAAGGAACUCUCAACAUUCUUCAAUAAAACCCUGGAAACCUCUGCAAAUGUACAUGCGAAGAAAUAAAACUGAAAGGGAAAAUGAUGCAGCCAGAAAAGGUGAGAAAAUAGUGAACAAACCAAGAAAGAAAAGAACUGCCAAAGAGCAGAAGUCUGAAGUAACAGUGACAAUAAACAGAUGGAAGUCAUUUUCCAAUGAACACAGAAAAUCGGUAACUCCACGUAACAAUAAUGAUUUUGAUAAUUUUGGAUUUUCUUUCACAAAUUCUCAAAUGGUACAGAAUUCAGCAACAGAUGAAAGUGAACUGUCUCCAGAAUAUCCCAUCAUGGAAAAAAGACAAAUGUCUGUAAUAAAACAAACAAGUUCACAGUACAGUAUUCAGGAAACAAAAAGAACUGAAACAAAAUUAGUGGAGUGGACAGACCACAGGUUACUUGGAAAAUCUGCACAGGUGAAGUCUCAGAGUGUGGUGAAGACAACAAAAGGGAAACGAUCUGUGAAAACCAUCUCAACAUCAGCAGAACAUAAGCAUCAGCAGAAAUACAGUUCUGAACAGGAACAAUUUGAAAAUGAAGCUCCAAAAGAGGUGGAAUAUCAAGCAGAACCACAGAGAGAGAAAUAUGAUGUUUUAAGUAAUUUUUCAGCUGCUUGCAAGAAUUUGCUUUUGGAGUCAUCGUUAGAAGCUGAAUCGAUUCAAGAAGAUGAUGUACCCUUUGGCAGGGCUGAAGAUAGUGAAGUAAGCUGGUUAGCCAAGAAACCUGCGGCAGAAAGGAAAGCAAACAAGAUAUAUCAGAGGAAUAUUAAUGAAAAGUGUAGACAAAUUUUGAACUCAUUUACCAUUGAUGAAGAUGAACUUAUAAAGACAUCACAAGAAUCUGAGAUAAGUAAAGUGUCUCCAGUCCAUCGAGGGAACUGCAGUAGUAUUAAAAAAUCUGUGACACCGAAGAUUCAGCCUUCCAGAAAAAAAUACAGUCCUCUGGAUGUGAAAGUCAUUCAGACACCCAGAACACCAAAAACACCCAAAACCCCUUGCAGUGUUAGCUGGACUGAUGCUGGUGAUGAUGUUGAUGUUGAUGACGAAGAAGAAAUUUCAACAAGACUUAAACAGGUUUCUGAUAAACAGAACAGCACAUCUGCAAAAGAUUGUGAUGUUAUCAGUGUUAAACUUGGAUCAACCAUCUCUAAACAUUCUUCACUAAAAAGUGACCGGUUUAGUUGGAAAAGUGUCCUUUCUUCCACAAUGCAGGCUGAUGUGGAAUCACCAGUGUCCAGUUUCCUGAGAACUGAAAAAAACUUGAUUGCUGUUCCUAUUGGUAUUGUAUCAGGUCCAUCAUCAACCAUCAGACCCAGUAAAUCAACUUUGAAGAGAAAAUACCCAGAUAUAGCUUCAUCUUCUGAAGAAAAUGAAGAUGAAUCUUCUUCAUCUGAAUUACAGAAUACUUCCCAGCUUAUUCCCCGAAAAUUAUUUAAAACUGCUCAAAAUGAGAAUUUCAAAAAAGUGUCACCACAAAAGAGAAACGGUUCUUCACACAGCAUUGUGAAGACAAACUAUGUAUCCGAGGAAUGUGAUAAUCAACCAAAGUCAUCACUGCAUGGUAGUCCGACAUCCUUGUCUGAUGAUGUUGCUGACCUGGACAUUGCACUGCCAGACACUGAUAUUGGUGGAAUCGGUACACUUGUCAAAACAUUUGGUAUUGAUUUACAACAGCAAAUAAAGCAAAAGAAAUGUCAGCUGGAAAUGGUUACAAGUGGGGUCUUGAAAUCAACUGGAAAACAUUUUGGUCAGCUGUGGAAUCAGCAAAGUCAAACAAGAAAAACAAUCAUGAGUAACUUUACAGAAAACAUUAUUGGAGAACUCCAGGAACUGGAAAAAGAUAUAGCUGCUUUAAAAAGUGCUGAAGAUCAGGCUAUGAUUUUCUUCAAAUCACAGCUGAAGGUUCUUGAACAGAACAAGGUUUCUCAGAAAACCAGAUUAACAAAUAUAAAAUGUAUCCAUGAUUCUUUGCAUCAAGACAUGAAGGUGGCUGAGAAAAACGACAGACAUUUGCAGCACAACUUUUCACAUGUUUUGAAAAAGGAUAUUGCAGAACUACAGAAAAAACUGUUAUUUGAUUCUCAAAAACAACAGCUGGCGAAUGUCCGAAAAUGCUUGUUUGGUAUGUUUACAUGAACAAUGCAAGACUUAUCUGAUGUCUUGUCUGCCACAGAACAACUGGUUUGCUUAAGUAUUAUUUAUCUGGAAAUGUUUCCAUUAUAUUAUAAUGUUACAUAGGUUUACACUUUGAUUAGGUUGACGAGCUCUGCGAGCAGUUAGCAGUGUUUGUUAAUGGUAUGCCAUUUUAAAUUCAUGUUUUGUCUAUGGAGUAGCCUGACAAUUUUAUCCAUCUUUCAUGUAAGUUUUUAGUCUUAACCAUGAUAUCAGUUGUGAUGCAAUUCGCAGAAAUGUUGAUCUGUACAAUUUAAGAAAUAAAUGACAAUUUAAAUAUGGAUAUAAUUUAAGUUUAAUUCACAGUUUUAGUUUUUAAAGUGAUUAAAUGUAUUUUGAAUUUCUUCAGCAUGUGUGGGGAAACAAUAGUUGCAAGCUGAUCCAAUUUUAACAUCUUACAUAUUGCAUGGAAUAAAUACUUUAGAUAUUCUCCAGAACUAACUAUAAAUACAAGAAACAACUUAUAGGUGAAUUGGUUUGAUUAUGCUAAUGCUCAAGUCAACAGGAUUGUUGAUACUUAUUUUAAUAUGGCCACAGAAACAUGUGUAACUUUUUGUCAUUGAAGACUUUUUUGUGGCAAUUCUGACCCAUGCAAAAGUAGUGCUUUUUCUGUAAAAUAGGUGCACUCCAGCCAGGUUUAGUUGGUGUGUUUAAACCAAUAUCCUUGGAGAAAAAUACUAAACAACAGUUUGUCCUUUUUACGGUGUGUUGCCCCCACUAGGGAAAGGUGCAUAAAAAAAUCCAUGGGCCUACUGAUAUUAAUAAAAGUGCUAUAGUCACUAAUGCUCAUAGGCAUACUGGCUCCCAUUUUAUAGUGGGGCAGGCUGGUUUUUGCCCAAAUUAAACGAAAAUGCCAGAAUCUGCAUAACAUUUAUUCAUAAUAGCAUUACUACCAAAUAGCUAUAUAGGGUUGCAAACAAAUCUCUACACAUUUUAAGGGUAGAAUGAUGGAAAUACUGGUAAAAAGGUUUCAGAUUAGCAUAUUUUGUCCGAAUAUCCAUAAUUUUUGCCUGAAUUUGAGGUUUUAUCCAGUUUCUCAUACGCUUAUGCCAACACUAUAUAGAAAAAUAUACCGGUAGUGUAAAUAGUUGUGGUCUUUGGCCAUAUUGUGGGCCACAGUGUCUGUUCAGCACUCAUUAAAUUUUUCUUUCAUCCUGACCCUUGAGUUAGCUGUCAUCACAAUACUUUCUAUAUGCAAUUUUGGCUUCUGUUGACCUCUCGCAAUACUUUCGUAACAAUACAUUAUGAAUUUACAUGAUUGUUCUUGAAACCAGCCUCACAUGGUUAUUAAAUGCAUAUUAAAUCAGAAGUUUGCCCUCUGGGAUACAUGUAUAAGACUUGUUUAAAGUUAAUAACUCGAUAUAUGCAACUUCUUUUUGCAUGUAAAUAUGGCUACCAACAUAAAUCAUAUGCAGUGUCUUUUUUCCCAUUCUUUUAGUAGAAGAUAAUGUUUAUAACUUAUUGUAUAGGCAAGCUGUGCUAUCCUUCACUAAUUAUAGAAUGAAAUAGUUUGAUUAGUAUUGAUAUAGAUUAUUAAUUUAAAGAAUUUUUCAAUCAUCACUAUUCAUAAAGUGCCGUUAAUAUAUUAUAUUUUAACAUAUUCUGUUCUUGUUAAAUAUACCUUUACCAUUUGUUAUGUUAUUCAUGUUAUUAAAAUAAAUAUACAAGGA